AUGCGGAAUGCCCUGAACGCCAGCGAGGACGACGACCUGGUCCAGGUCGCGGGGCUCGCGAAGACCGCGAACGGGACCAACACGGCCGUCUCCCUCCGGCUCGUCUACGACCUGCCGAGGGGCGCGGACGACCCGGUCGCGAAGAUGACGACCCUCGCCGGAGCGAAAAUCCUCAAGAAAGUCGCCCUCACCGGGAAGGACAAACAGAAGGCAAUGAUGAAGCUGGAGAAGAUUCUCGACAUGGACUGGAAGACAGAAGUGGGAAAAAUCGCUGGUGUAAACGCCGGGCUCCUGGACCUCGCGACGAAACUCGGCCAGAUCUCGAACGUGACGGCGGCCAAGACGAAUCUGGUAAAUUCGGCGUGGCGGUACUGGCGAAAGGCGAUGGCGAGCAACCCCUCGAUGGCCGACUCGGUCGUGGACACGAGCAGUCUCAUCGCGUCCGUGCAGAACUCCCUCCCGGCCGCGGAGAACAAAGAACAAGUCGGGACUUUGCUCUCCGCCCUCUGCGCCCUCUACCAGGACGACAACACGACCUGCGCAGCGAGUGUCCUGGCCAUCAGUCCCCCCCUCCACACGCACGCCACAGUGCUGAAGCUCAACAACGUCUUCAAGCCCGGAAUCCACGACAACGCCACCCACCCGGACGCCAUCGCCCUGGCCGAGACGAUCCAGCAAGAGCUGACCAACAACUACCAGCUCGCCGGCGGACAGGACGUGAAAGUGCACGUCUCCCUCCCCUUCAGCCCCGGCAGCAUCGAAGCCAACGCCUCGACCAGCUUCAGCAGCGACACCGUCGAUCCGAGUCAGGUAGAGCAAGAUGCGGCGAACAUCACUCAGAACAACGGCGUGAACGGCACUUCCGUCUCCGUGACGAAGUUCUCUAAGCUUCGUCUGCCCAUCGCGAUGCGCACGGAACUUCGAGAGGGCUUCGUGGCCUCAGAUGAGUUGAAGUCGGGCGAUGUCCCUCGGGUGCGAUGCGACGGGAAGAGCCCGAAUUGGCUCGAGAGAUGCACGCGCCAACGAUACAACGACGACACCGUUACCCACAUCAACAAUACCUGCAACGACUCCAAGCACCCCCACAACUGUCGCACACGCAUCAACCGACGCCAGCGUGACAACUACCAACUCCAGCACCAUCCCGACAGCAACCACACCGAAUCCCGGCAGCGCCGAUGUAACAUCAGCAAGCACCAGCACUACUCCAACAACAGCCGCAAUGUCGUCCAACAUCUGGCACUGCUGGCAACACUCAAUCAUCUGGCAGCACUGGAGGCACUCAAACAAGCUCAAACAAUCCAAAGACACAAUCCAAUUCUAAUGCAGACCGUACGAGCCCUGGCAGGAUCCACCCAAAAAGUCCUCUACCAAAAUAUCGUCUGCCUGGCCAACCGACCCGGCAGCGUGAGCUCGGACUUCAACCUCGUAUUCAACCAAAGCGCGAACCUCCAGACCAUCCAGGACACGCUCGACAACAACACCCGGAGGCUGGAUGGGACCUAUCUCUUUGGGGAUCUCCAAAGCGACCUCCCUCCUUCCGGGAGGGCAUCGGCAGUGCCUGUCCAGAUCGCCAAGAUGUCGUCGGACAGGGGAUCUCGCCUCUUCUGGCAGGUCACAGUGCCUUCUAUGGCCGGUAUGGCUGGCCCUGCUGAUCCUGAUCAUGCUGUGCUGCACUGCAAACGCAAAGGGAUGCUGCUGCAAGGCUUGCAGCGGCAAGUAGCCCGGACGGACCUUGCCUCCCGGACCGCCCUGGACCUUGCCUCCUGGACCACCCUGGACCUUGCCUCCUGGACCACCCUGGAUUCCUUCUAUCCCCUCUUUCGUGAUUUUGACGGAGAUCGAAGAGGGAGAGGAGGCAGGAAGAAGCCGAUAUCAGACUCGGAGACGGCGAGCACGAACAAAGCCUCCUUUUACAACCGCCCGACCCUCAUGCACGUUGAAGAAGGCGACGCUUCGCGGGAGGCAGCGAAGUCGGGCGCCCCGACGCGAUGCUCGGAGCCGGCGCGAGAUGGCGGUAGUGUUCCCCCGGACUUCCGAAUUCGCGUCUGGGCGAGCGGGACCCGGGGAGAAGAGUUUUCUUCCUUUCGCUGUCUUCAUCUCAUCGUGGUACUCGCAAAGAAGCAUUUGGUGAAAGUAUAG